AUGGCAGACUCUGCUUCACACGUCCCUUCCAAGCUUCUCCAACUGCCCAAAGAGCUUCGCAACAUUAUAUACUCUCAUUUUGACAAUGUAGACGCCAAGAGCCUACGCUCAACGUGCUCAGCCAUGGGCAGAGAUGUACCGCUUCGCCUUACUCGCGUCUUCUUGUCCGCCAACUCUCUAAACAUCAACGUCUUUCGUGCCGUUGCGAACCACGAAGAGUUUCGUCACAGCGUCACUGAAAUCAUUUGGGAUGACGCUCGCCUUUUCACACAGCCCGACCUUGAGGGAGACUGGUCGGGUUCUUUCUACACUUGGCCAGAGCCUGACAACCCUGCGACCUGUCCGUUAUGGUUCAUACGACGCUCCAUGGAUACUUGGCACAGCGACCCUCGUUUCAGUCUAGGCUGGCAAGAGUCGUGGGAUCUCUAUACAUCCCUUAUACAAGAUCAGGAACAGAUCAUUGCGUCCAAUCUCGAUAUAGACACCUUCAAAUAUGGACUCGAGCGCUUCCCCUCACUGAAGCGUGUUACGAUCACUCCCUCGGCCCAUGGAAUAGAUCACAGGCCAUUGUUUAAAACACCCAUGAUUCGGGCAUUCCCUGCUGGUUUCGAAUAUCCACGACCAACCGCCUGGCCUCCGGCCCCCGGGAAGGCGCUUCCAUGGAUCGGCGAAGAUGGCCCCUCUGGCCCGUAUGAGCGAGAGUAUGGUGUCAGGUCUAAUGCUGAGGCAUACAGAAAUAGAUGGAGGGGAUAUCGAGCAGUUACUCGCGCUUUGGCUGAAAGCGAACAACAUUAUGUCACAGAACUUGUUGUCGGUGGCAGGGAGCGGCCUGGCUUCAGUCAUCUGAGCUUAGAUAUCUUUACUGGAUAUCUCGAGGAGGAGAAUUGGAUUUCUUAUAAAUCCGGACUGCUCCAUGAUGCCCUCGCCAAAGCGAAGGAUCUCAAACAUAUAUGCCUUCGUACAACUACUGAUAUAUCAGAUGGAGAACCCGGUCUACUUGAGCCAGAUGAACUGGAACAAGUGGACCUGUCCUUAUCUACCAUCUUCCCCAUCGAUCAGUGGCCGCAACUUGAACAUUUUGGGUUGUCCGGAUUUAUCCUCGACAUCGACGAUCUGAUUGGGGUUGUGGCAGCACUGCCAGCUUCAUUGCGCUGCGUUGAGCUAAGUCACCUAGCUUUCAAGAGAACGGACGAUCUCUACGAGAACUUUCUAGUCAAAAUGCGGGACACCCUUAGUCAUAGUCCCAGACUGGAACAGCAACGGCCAAAGAUACGUAUUUUUGCUACCGCAUGGGGACUGGAUCAAAGGGAUCAAAAGGCUCGAUUCGUAGAGGUCGACGACGCUGUGUAUUCAUUCAUGUAUCAACACGAGGAAAAGCUGUUUAUAGGGUGGGAUAGCACUAUUAUUCCAGGUCGUGGGGGUAUCAUACGGGGGUUCUUUGACUCUGAGCUUAUGGAGCCAUUGUGA